GGGCUGUCUGUCUGUCUUGGAGUUGUGAUUUCGGCUUGAAUUUGUGGGAAAAGCGAUGCAUUUAAAACACCAAGGAAGAAGAAUAACCUCUACUGCUCAACACUGAAGACUGGGGAGUCAGGUUACCUUGACAACCGCAGGAUGCCUACCCAUAGGCCCUGAGACAGAGAAAAGACACGGCCAGAGAAGGAGGGAAAGAAAGCGAAAAGAGACAAAAAAAGGAGGCGAGAUACUUCCCAGCCCCGACUUUAUUUCCCUUUUUUUUUUAGUUUGUGUGUUUUGAAAAACAGGCCUGAUGGUUGCCAGUGGGCUGGGACGGAGACCCAAGGAGUGAGAUCCGGUGUCCUGCAAACAGAGGGCCAUGCAUGUUGCACUGCGGCCACGCAGUGGAUGCCUGGUGAUCUGCUUGUGUCUGUCUGUGCUCACCCUGCUGCUCCAGAGCCUCUGGGUGCCACUAGAGAUGACCAGGGAUGAACCUGCUGGGAGGUCACCUGAGGAACAAGGUCAGCGAGGUCUUGGCUUUCGUAGGCUGGCUCUUCGCUUGGAGGCUUUGAGCACUCAGGUGCAGCGGCUGAGCAGAGAGAGAGGACAGGUCAGCGAGCUGACCAGAGAUGAUCUCAGUGUGCUGCUGCAGAGCUUCAGACAGGACCAGCAAGGCUUAGCCCGCUUGGUGGAGAGGGAGCUGAAGAGAGUGUCUCAGAGGCUCGACCAGCUCAGCCGUCACCAACACCAUCAGUCUCACACACCACCACCACCACCACCACACGAUGACCUCAGACUACACACAGGGCCCAACGAGAAGUGUGAGGUGCCAAUGGAUCGCGCGUAUCCGGUGUGUGCGGAGAAAGUGGAGUUCCUGCGGGCCCGUUGGCAGUCAGACCCCUGUUAUGCCUUUUACGGGGUGGAUGGUACCACCUGCUCCAUAUUGACAUACCUGAGCCAAAUAGAGGACUUUUGUCCCCCUCGUCUCGGAAGAAACCAUUCUGCGCUGCCAUGGCACCCGAAAUCUCACUCUUACACAGCGAAGGCUGAGAUACGCACAACUCUGAGCCCGCUGUAUGAGGUCAUCAGCAACAACAGCGGUCCUGCCGUGAACUUCAUCCGGUCCAGAGUGGAAAGGAUGUCAGAGCGGUGGUCACAGGCUGCUCUGAGGAUGAAGCAGAACAGCAACAAGACAGCCUCGACCCAGAUGAGGGUGCUGCUUUAUCCCGGGGCCCUGGCUGGGAGUGUUGGCCAGCGUUUUGCAGCCCUGGUGGAGAGAGGGGGUCCUCUAGGGGAGCUGGUCCAAUGGGCCGACCUCAGCGCCUGUUUGACAAUCCUGGGUCACAAUCUGACCUUCAGCACUUCACAGCACCAACUCCACAGCCUGGUAGGUGCUGCACCAGGCCGAGGCAGUUGUCCAAUCCAGACGCCCCUGACCUUUGACCUCAUCUACACCGACUACCACGGCCUUGCUCACCUGCAAGGCGCCAUGGGACUGGCUUUCCUGCAUUACCAGUGUCGCUUCAGAAUCGUGGACUCUUUUGGCACUGAACCAGCUUUUAACUUGGGGAGUUAUGCUCAUAGUCAUGGAUAUAAAACACUGUGGGGCAGCUGGGGUCUGCAGCCUCUGCAGUACAUGACCAUGUUCCCUCACACUCCUGAUAACUCCUUCCUGGGCUUUGUGAGUGAGGAAGCAGCGAGGCAGGAGGCGAGGGAGGAAGAGCUGGAGCCGGACGCCUACAGGAAAGACAGGAUAGCCGUCGUCUAUGGCAAGCAGGACUACAUGUGGCAGGGUAAAUCUGAGUAUGUGGCGGUGAUCAGUGAGGAGCUGGAGACCCACGCUACAGUCUACCAGCCUCCGGGGCUCGCCUCUAAUCUGCCCAGCUUCAUCAGAAACCACGGCCUGCUGACUCAGGAACACUUUCUGCGACUUCUCCGCAGAGCCAAGGUGUUUGUAGGUCUCGGGUUCCCCUAUGAGGGUCCAGCUCCCAUUGAGGCGAUAGCCCUGGGCUGUGUCUUCCUUCAGCCACGAUUUGACCCGUCACACUCAUCAGACAACAAUGACUUCUACAAAGGCAAGCCCACCACGAGACAGAUCUCCUCCCAGCACCCUUAUGCUGAGAAUUUCAUCGGCAAACCCCACGUGUGGACGGUAGACGUGACUAACAAGACUGAUGUACGGGAGGCCGUCAGAGCCAUUCUACGCACAGAGGUGAAGCCUUUCACUCCCCGAGAGUUCACUUGUGAAGGAAUGCUGGAGAGGGUUCGUGGUUAUAUCGUUCACCAGAGUUUUUGCAGUAAAUCUGUCCCUACUUGGCCACCAGAAAGCGCUCUAAGGGUGCACCUGGGUCCCCUGAAUCAGUCAUGCGUGAGUGUGUGUCGACGGUCCUCCCUCGUGUGCGAACCUGCUCUGUUUCACCACCUAAACAGUCCUGCUGCGUUCGCCAGACUCAAGAUAGGCUGCUCCAGCAUGGGAGAGGAAGUCAACCACCUGUUUCCUUCCUACACCCCUUGGGGUCGACACUGUGGCCUUCAGCAGCAGCCUCUGCUGUUCAGUUGCGCCGGCUCCGACCCCUCUCACCGCCGACUGUGUCCCUGCAGAGCUCACCUACCUGGACAGGUGGCACUGUGCCCUGACUGCCUCUAGGUCUAGAUACACCAAACCGACGUCGAAGGCUGACCGUUGCGUCGCUUCAUGUCGCCUGUGUCUUCGCCAAAAAGUUGCACUCAAACACACCGCAAAGACUACAGCCAAUGGACAACUACCACGUACAUCCUGCACCUGCGAGAGAGGAAAUAACUCUCCAUACCGGCAGGUAGCGGUAGUCUGUAUUCACCGUUCAAAGGGGGAAAACGUAACUGAAGACUGCGGAUAUACAAGCCGUUGUUAUGAUACGUACAUGAAACAAAGCGGCGUCUGCCGACCAUUUUCACGCCACUCUCACUCACCACUUAGCUGCAUUCCGGAUGGCCAUGUCGUUGUGAAAAGAUCUGUGUAUGGGAUGAUCAGAUGAGAUGAAGAUGCACGGAUUCGCUUAAGCUGAACAGCCAGAGUGAUUCCUCUCACUGACAAGCUCCCGCUGACGAUUCAACAUACUGAAUCGGCUAAAAAACCUCCGACACCGGCAGACUAGAGCCAACGGUGCAGGACACACCACAAAAACUAGGCCGACAGACGCUCACCGACGACCCCGAACUGUCCAGUGGCCGACCGUCGGCUUGGUGUGUCAGGGCCUUAAACAACACCGUGAGAAAACUCAGGAAAUAGCGGGAAGGGAAGAGGAAAAAGAUAAUAUGAUGAAGGCAGCACCAAAGAGCCGUCUGCAAUACAUACUGUACGGGUGAAGAAUUGAUCUCGACCAAAGAGAGCCAGCUGUCCUGCCAAUGCUACUGAAAGCUUUGUGGUCUUGUUUGUGGAUCUAACAACGAGGUUGAAAGAUGGUUGAUCUGCACUCUAUUUUAUUAAAAUUCAUAAAAAAUGUGGUCGAGGUCUUGAGACCAAGAUCGAUCUUGAGUACUACAACCAUUUUCAGUGCCCCGGCAAUCUGAAUCAUCAGUCAGCAUCACUGGCAUUUAGUUUUCACAACAAUUUUAGUUAUGUUGUGCCAAGCGGGUAAAGUUUACUUAAGUGAAAAUGAAAAUAUAGCAGGGUGCGUCCACUUUCUAGAUUAGUCCAUUGCGAUUGCUAUGGACAAGUUUUUUUUUUUUCAUUACUCAGGAACCAAAAAUGAAUGAUUGUCAUUUCAUAAGUACUUAAAGUGUUGAAGGAUGAUGAAUUCAAGGCCUAGUGUUUCGUGGUGCGGCAUAAAAUCCCUCUUGUUUUUGUAGCUUUUCCUUGAUCCCUUAAGCAAACAGUCUUUAAACGAAGGCAAAAUGCACUUUAGGGGAAAGGUGCAUUUAAAUGAAUAUAAGUGAGAAGUGGCACUCAUGACUCUAAAGCCAUUCAAUUAUCUUCUCCCGCUCCAGAUUAUACACGGUACAGUGCACUUCAAUAUUAUGCUGAAUAAGUAUCUAAUCAUUCAUUUGCUUACAGUAAUGUAUCACAGCGGUCAGCGUUGCAUGGGAUUACCGCUCAUGUAACCCCUCAAUGCAUUGCUGGCUGCAGAUAUUAGCCCGGGCCUCGGAGGAGAGCGGGUGACAGCCUAAGUGAUGAGGCUCAUUAUCUGAGUGAAUCAUGGAUAACCUCUGGAUGCCUUUGGGAGGUCACACAGCCAUAUGACCGUGAUUAUACUGUCAUAUAAACCAUUGGUUCCCAACCGUCUUUGACUUCGGAAACCCCCUCAGCUCUGUUUAAAUCCAUGCCCCCCCGCCAGUAUAGGCAGAACCUCAUUGUUUGUCUUUCAAACACAUAUUUUGCGUCAUUUAAACCGGAAAAAAAAAGUCACUGAAGGCAGGAUUAAUUAUGUUUUCUUGAGUUAUUUUACAAAAAAUUAUGAUUUUGAUCAUAACAGAUGACUCAGUUCUUGCAUUCGCGCCAAUAUUAUUCCUUGACUGCCUCAUGACCUACAGAUACUUAAAGCCCCCUCAAGGGUAUUUUGCACCCUAGGUUGAUAUGAGCAAACAUGGAAACUUUACAUACAGUGUUUUGGCUACAUGACAUGCGCAAAGAGAGGUGAACGUUUCCAUUUCAGAAGUCUCAAAACGCUCACACAGACUUAUCCCAUCAUCCCUGGCUGCAACACAGCUUGUGAAAGAAACAAAUGAUAACAACUAAAGGCCAAACUACAUCCCACAGUCGGUGUUGUAAGUGAUGGGGUGCUAGAUUUACACGGCGCAGCUGUUAAGCGAAGAUGGCUCCGACAAUGGCAACACGCUGCUAUUUUGAAACCGGGUCGAUGGGAGGUUUUUCUUGGAAAUGACGCACUCGUGAAUGUUAAUUGGCAGAACAAGAGACCUUUUCCGCCCCGAUACACCUCAUGUGACCAGAACAUGUUGUCACUCAGGGAUCAGACCGCUCAGGGCUGCGACGACAGGACAGGACGUACAAUGUGAUUGACCGGUAAAUGCCUGUGAAACGGUGCACGAAAACAACAUUUGUGAUGACUUUGGAGGUACUCUGGUGAAUUCAUUUGGACCUGUCAAAUGUGACUUUUUGCUUAAUUAGCUGAACGGGUCCAAAGACGAUGGAAAUUAACUUGUGUUUAUGUCAAAAGGCCUGCUUGGAUUAAAGGAAAAAUAAAAGUUGCUUUUGACUCAGA